UUCUUUACCUAUUCAUAAGGUGUUAGGUUACAUGGAUCAUAGGGAGUGGAGUCUCUCACAGGCUCACCAGACAGAACAUGUAAUGCCUGUGUGCUCGUGUGUUUGUUUGAUGACGUAGCAGCUGCUGAAUCUGGUUUGGCAGGAUUUCUGAGGAAGGGGCGAGAGAGUAGAGACAGGCACAGAGAGAAAGGAGCUGAAGAGCUGAAGCUGGUUUCUCCCUCAACUAUUUUCAACUUCUCCGCUGUCUUAUCACUGGUCUCCUGCUGGUGUCGACAUAUUGACCGGUUGAGCGAGGCUUCAGCACCAGGGUGGACUUGUGUCCAUCUUCCGGGCCAGUGCAGCAGCAGGAGCAGCAGCAGCAGCAGGGAUGAACUGGUCGGGGCUAGAGAAUCUGUUGAGUGGAGUUAAUAAAUACUCCACGGCGUUUGGGAGGAUCUGGCUGUCUAUGGUGUUUGUGUUCCGUGUGCUGGUGUUUGUGGUGGCGGCGCAGAGGGUGUGGGGCGAUGAAAGCAAGGACUUCGUUUGCAACACUCGUCAGCCCGGAUGCACCAACGUGUGCUACGACCACCUCUUCCCCAUCUCCCACAUCCGUCUGUGGGCGCUGCAGCUGAUCUUCGUCACCUGCCCGUCCCUGAUGGUGAUGGCCCAUGUCAAAUACCGAGAAGGGAAGGACAAGAAAUAUGUGGCGCUGCACCAUGGCUCCCACCUCUACGCCAACCCUGGCAAGAAGCGGGGGGGCCUGUGGUGGACGUAUGUGGUCAGUUUGGUCUUCAAAGCUGGAUUUGACGCCUCGUUCCUCUACAUUCUCUAUUACCUGUACCACGGAUAUGACCUGCCCAGGUUGUCCAAGUGUUCGCUGGAUCCGUGCCCCAACACUGUCGACUGCUUCAUCAGCCGCCCGACGGAGAAGAAGAUCUUCAUGCUGUUCAUGGUUGUGUCCAGCGCGCUGUGCAUCUUCAUGUGCAUCCUCGAGAUGAUUUACCUCAUCGGCAAGCGCAUCGGCAAGCUGCUGAAACGGCGGCACGAGAACGAGAGGCUCGUGUUCGCCGACCAGCACGAGCUCACGACCAUCGCCCCCCCCAGGUCCCAGUACAGGCGGCCCGAUCCGACGCUGACGGAGAGCCAGCUGAGUCUAAACAAGAGGGAUAAGGUUAAAGAAGGCGGUGUGAGCACGCCGCUGUAGGAAACCACGGGGCCACCGAGCAGCGGGUUUGUGAUAACGGACGGCCAACGGGAGCACAAGUUUGCCCUAAUGUAACUGCUGAGACUGACGGAAGGGUUGCUCCUGGGUAUUAUGAUCCUGUGAUCGAGCCGAACAUAAAACAUUCAUGAUUCUCUUUCGGAAGAACGAGCGACGACUUCAGCCGUUGCGUUGUAGGACGUUGUUGGAGAAGAGGACUACUGCGGGGUUAUGCAUCACAUUUCUAACUGUUUGCCGCAGACUUAUGAGCAGAAAGAUUCACAUCACGCUGACUUUUACGGCACAAAUGGAAUCUGAUAUAUGUUGUUCAUACAUCUGUUACAUUUAAUUACAUAUUUAUGCUUCUUGUAAAUAUCAUAGAUUGCAGCACUUGGUAACUUCGGCACUGUUAACAGCACCCGUAAUGAUCAGACAGAGAAAAAGGCUGCCUACAGAGUUCUACGGGUUCAUAUUUCCUCCACUAACGCGACUAAAAUUAGGCUGGAAAUGCAAUGAGCUGGUCCUCCAUGAAGGGUUGAAUUAACUCUUUGCCUUGUAAGAGCUGCUCUUGGAUUUUUUUAAGUGCUGCCUGGGGUGGAUUUGAGAGACCUUAGUGUCCUAUUAAAAAGAGCCUUAAUUAGCAGGAUUCAGGAUGCACAACUUACACUGCAUUGCAGUAACUCAGCAUCAGCUCUAGUUUAAUGUUGGAAUGAUGUUAAAGGAUGAGCUUAUACUCACAUUGGCUAAAGGAGCAAUUUGUAAAAUAUUUCGAAAAUAUUUCUAGAAACAAAUGAUGUAGUACCUAUACUGUCCACACGGGGUCGCUGUCGUUUCUGAUAAACACUGAAGCCGCCUUCAACAUGAUAUGUACAGAAUAUCAAUACACAAAGAUUGUUUAAGCCUUGGCAGAAGUAGAGUAAGGAGCGAGUAUGUUUACAACUAGCCAUCAGAGAACGUGUGCUUCUGCAGUAUCACUCAGGACUAUAAAAAGUGGUAUUUUUUAUUUUAAUACAAAUAAUUUCUACGACACAGAGAUGUUGGAAAGACUGGUGUUCUACAAAUCAUCAGCAUAGCCGUUAUUUUUUUACAGGUUUUGUGGAUAAUCUUUGGCUGUUGUUUUUUUUGAUUGUCACAUUAUGACAAAUUGCCUCCGAUCUUCAGGUUUGCAAUACAACCUCUUUUGUUAUAUUGGUUCUUCAACCCCCUUUCCUCCACAUUGUAUUAUUCAGACAUUGUGGACUGAACGACAUCUGCGGUUACUUGAGCUGAAACGUGACGGACACAACCGGGUGACAUAUCGUUAGCCUAAUAUCAUUAUUGUACGGUUUUGGAAAACAAAAAAAAACACAAACACAGUCAGUCAAAAACGACUUGGGCAAUGUGUAUGUAUGUAUGUGUAAAUCUUAACUCUCACUUCCAGUUUGACUCGGAGUCAGCUGGAAUGUCAUAAUUAACCACUAGUUUCUUUUGUGUGGACUGUUGUUGUUUUUUUAACCACUAUAGUGAUGUAAAAUAAAAAUACAGGUCCAACUGUU